UGGCCUUAGCUGUAAUACGGAAUAUCCUAGCACCUUGGGCACAUUCGCCUAGGUACAUAGACCUUCAAGCCGGCUCUAGUGUAUUGCAGCCUUGUCGAAUCAACAUGCCUCCUUUACAAUCAUCAUCCCUACUCGCGCUGGGUUGGUUGCUGUUGAAUCCAACAACACGCGCGAGAGCAUUUCAAGUGCUUACACCGAAAGCACUAUCUACCUCUUCAUUGUCACGCCUCGUCACUUGGGAUCCUUUUAACCCGAAUUACGCCUAGAACACUACAAAUCGAAAGUCCUUCAUAUAGCCGAUCCGUGCCUCAGCACAGUACCUUACGACUGACCUGCGCCGUAUAAGUGCCGAUAAAGUCGCGCACAACUUGUGCAACAUAUCAUCAACCUUCCUUCCGGGCAUUGCUGGAUCAACAUCAAUAUGCAACAGUCAUAUGCCUUACCCUGGGCAGCGCUUCUGAUAGCUGCAAGCAUUGUCUACUUCGUAGUGAGGCUCGUGCAACAUCGCCAAUUCUACAAAGAUCUGCCAAAACCACCUCACGACUUCCUAUGGGGUCAUGCCAAACUGAUGGGGGACAUGCUCGCUUUAAUGCCUGGUCAGUGCCAUCCACAGGUUGCCAUAACGUCCAUGGCACAGAAGUACAACCUGCCAGGCCUCUUCUAUCUUGAUAUGUGGCCAUUCAGCCACGGAAUGAUCAUUGUCCAAGACCCCGACUUGGCUUUGCACAUGACAGCGAUCAAGAACCAUCCAAAGCACUCCGUCGAAAAGACGUUCAUUGAUCCAAUCGUGGGCGCAGGCAACAUCGUCACAGCCGAAGGGCCGUAUUGGAAGCAUCUACACACUGCCUUUGCCCCUGCGUUCUCCAUAUCGCGAGUACGUGGUAUGGUAGGCAUGAUAGGCGAAGAAGUCAUGAUCUUCCGGUCAAUCCUGCAGCAGAAAGCGGAGUCUGGCGAGGUUUUCAGUCUAGAGAAGGCCUCUAGUUGUUUAACAUUCGAUAUCGUAGGCAAAGCCGCCUUUGGAUAUAACCUUGGGGCACAGGCCGAUUGGAACAGCCCCGCUCUGCGACAUUUCGGCGAUAUGAUUCACGGCUUAUCGAUGGAAACUCGCAGCUGGAACCCUUUCAAGCGACUUCUCGGACGGCGAAGGCGUCUGACUGCAACCAAGCAGCUAGACUCUCUGAUUGAGAAGUUGAUCCGACAACGUUAUGAGGAACUGGAGCGAGGAAACAUCGAUGUAAGCCACAAACGAUCCCUGAGCAUCAUGGACCUUGUGCUUCGCGAUCGUUUAGAAGAGAUGCGUAAAAUCAAACAGUCGAAAUCGACAGCCCUCGACAUGGGCUUCUUGGCCUCGGCAGUCACGCAAAUCAAGACCCUUGUCCUGGCCGGUAAUGGAACGGUAACAGAUACAGUCUGUUUUGUGUUCCUGUUGCUCUCUGAUAACCCAAAUAUCGUCAAAAGAUUGCGAGAGGAGCACAACCAGGUGUUCGCUCCAACGGUCGAAUCCACCUACGCUAUGCUCCAAGACCCUCAACACCAUGCCAAAAUCAGCGAGUUGCACCUCACUGCCAACGUGAUCCAGGAAACGUUGCGACUCUAUCCUGUCGGACACACGGCACGAGGGCACGAUGAAAACGGCUUCCUUACAUUCAAUGGCGUAAAUUAUCCCACCAAAGACCAUAUGAUAUGCCCAGUCUCUCACACAAUGCAUUACAAUCCGGAGAUCUUCCCGCGACCUUCUGUAUUCGACCCUGAUCGUUUUUCGCGAAAUGAGUCUCCACGGCAUGCUUUCCGCAGCUUUGAGCGUGGCUCCAGAGCGUGUUUGGGUCAAGCUUUGGCCCUAGAUGAACUGAAGGUUAUUCUUCUCUUAGUCAUCCGGGACUUUGAUUUCCAUUGCGAUGGUCUCAAGCCGAACAAGUCACCGCGAGUUACUUGGACUGAUUUAGACUUAAAGUACGGCGAUCGCGCAUUUCAGGAGAUGGUUUUUGAGGCCAGGCCACGGGAUGGGAUGCCAAUGACAGUAAGUAAGUCGGUUUGAAAGUGAGGGAUAUUGAACACUUCCAUGCGUCUUGUCCUGCAGUAGGGUCUUUUUUUCGUAUGAUUGGCAUAUGCGAAAAAUCAACAUCGGCCGGCUUCAUCUGGAACCUUCCAAAUUUGAUAUCAUCGUAUUUGCCGAAUUGAGCUUUUAGGCUUGCUUGUUGUAAGACAUAAUGCUUGUUUAUCAUCUUCUGUGCCUAUGCUGGCAAUCUUUAUGCUGUCCCCAAUGAGAGACAGAAAGAGAAAUGUGAGCUAAUCGGAAUGUUCAUCAAUUACUACGUAAACAUAUCGAGGAGAAUAUUCUGAGCACAAUGUAACAGGCUUGAUCAUCAGGCAUGGUCUCCGGAUGUUUUGGUCCGUACACC